AUGGAACAGGUUUCCAAAUGGGCUCCCAUGGGUCAGACAGCUGUGGCUAUUCGUUUCCUGGGAAUUUUGCAUGCUAAGCAGGUUCUUCGCCAAUCAAAUUUGUUCUUAGAUAAAUCACCAGUAGGAGAUGUUCCAAAAGGCUACCUUGCAGUUUACGUAGGUGAGAGCCAAAAGAAACGAUUUAUAAUUCCAGUAUCAUUCUUAAAUGAACCUGCAUUUCAAGAAUUGCUAGACAAAGCAGAAGAAGAAUUCGGGUUCAAUCACCCAAUGGGAGGUCUCGCAAUUCCCUAUGGUGAAGAUAUGUUUAUUGAUCUCACUUCUCGCAGGUACUGAUAUGAGGCAAUAGACAUACACAAUUUUGUUCAUUUAUGUCCAUAUUCAUCUUUCUUUUGGUACAGAAAAAGAUUCAAGAAAGAAAAUGUUCACUCAUGAGAUAAAAUUCUUGCAUGUUCUUUACACAAUUUCAAUUACCUUGACUAAAACACUGUUCAAU